AUGGAGAAGAUCCUGCUUGGUGUCUUGUAUGUCUCAGGCUGGCUCAUCCUCUGUAAGUGCCAUCAGUACCACUUUGUCAGUCAACCUUUGACUUGGCAUGAAGCUGCUCGUUACUGCAGUACUCAAUACACAGGACUGGCUGUUACUGAAGACAUGAAUGAAAUGAACCAACUUAAAAAGAAAGUUUCAUCUGCUGGUUACAAGUCUGCAGUCUGGAUUAAUCUGCACACCCGUAUCCGCUACUAUAAAAAAUACUACAGAGAGGAGUACUUCAUCAAGGAAGACCAGAAAAUAGAAAUGGCACCUUUCUUUGUUCGUUUUUUCUGUCGAAGCAUUUCAUUGAAUGGAGUAAGGUGGAAUAACAAUUGCUCAGUGGAACAUCCAUUCAUCUGUUAUAAUGGUACAAACCCCCUGGGUCCUGAAUAUGUUUUUGUGAAUGAAAGCAUGGACUUUUUCAGAGCUUUGAAGUAUUGCAGAGAGAAUUUCACCGAACUAACUCGCACAUGGAACAAAGAUGUGCAGUCAUUGUUGCCCAAUGGAACUGAAGCAUGGGUUGACACGAUUGGAUUUGUGCACAAUCACUGGAUAAUAAACCUGAAGUUGAAAAUAGACGGCGCCUCCCUGAAUGUGAAGGACUCAGCUGUGAAAGCAGACCUUUUGAAAAAGCUGCAGGACAAACUGAAUGAGACUGGAGUGAGUGGAGUCACUCUGAAGUGGAGAGAGCAGCCUGAUGGAGAAGUCUUCCACAAAGAAGGGAGAAAUUCACAGAAGGAAGAAAAAAAAAGAACUGAACUGUGA